UGGGGAGGCCGUGGGCAGCGAGCUGGGCGGUCCCGAGCCGCGAGGCUGCAGACUGCGCCCAGGCUGAGCCCCCGGCGGCCCGCGAACCCGCGCGGAGCGCUCCUUUCCGCCAUGCUACGGCUGGGCAACCAGGCGCUCCGGCGCUUCUCCACCGGCCGGGUUUAUUUCAAAAACAAGCUGAAGUUGGCACUUAUAGGACAGAGCCUCUUUGGACAAGAAGUCUACAGCCACCUCCAGAAAGAGGGCCACCGAGUAGUGGGAGUUUUCACAGUUCCAGACAGGGAUGGGAAAGCUGACCCACUAGCUUUGGCUGCAGAAAAAGAUGGGACUCCUGUGUUCAAGUUCCCUAAAUGGAGAGUCAAGGGCAAGACCAUAAAGGAGGUGGCAGAGGCCUACAGAUCUGUGGGUGCUGAGCUCAACGUGCUUCCCUUCUGUACACAGUUCAUCCCCAUGGAUGUCAUUGAUAGUCCAAAACACGGCUCCAUCAUAUAUCACCCAUCCAUCCUUCCCAGGCACAGAGGAGCCUCUGCUAUCAACUGGACUCUAAUUAUGGGAGAUAAGAAAGCUGGGUUUUCUGUUUUCUGGGCUGAUGAUGGUUUAGACACAGGACCCAUCCUCCUUCAGAGGUCGUGUGAUGUCGAACCCAAUGAUACAGUGGAUACACUUUAUAAUCGAUUUCUUUUUCCUGAGGGAAUCAAAGCUAUGGUAGAAGCUGUCCAACUCAUAGCCGAUGGAAAAGCGCCUCAUACUCCCCAGCCAGAAGAAGGGGCAACAUAUGAAGGUAUCCAGAAAAAGGAAAAUGCGGAGAUUUCUUGGGAUCAGUCUGCUGAAGUUUUACAUAAUUGGAUCCGAGGCCAUGAUAAAGUCCCUGGAGCUUGGACAGAGAUAAAUGGACAGAUGGUUACUUUCUAUGGCUCAUCAUUACUGAAUAGCUCUAUGCCUCCUGGAGAACCACUGGAAAUUAAAGGUGCCCAGAAGCCUGGUCUUGUUACCAAAAAAGGACUUGUUCUUUUUGGUAAUGAUGGAAAAGCACUGAUAGUGAGAAAUCUACAGUUUGAAGAUGGAAAAAUGAUUCCCGCCUCUCAGUACUUUUCAGCGGGUGAGAUGUCAGUGGUAGAACUUACACCUGAAGAAAUGAAGGUGGCAGAGACCAUCAAGGCCAUAUGGGCUGGAAUUUUAAGCAACAUCUCUGUUAUUGAAGACUCAACGGACUUCUUUAAAUCUGGAGGAGGAUCAGUAGAUGUUGCCAGGUUGGUUGAAGAGAUCAGACAGAAAUGUGGUGGGCUUCAGUUACAGAGUGAAGAUGUUUAUAUGGCCACCAAGUUUGGAGACUUCAUCCAAAAGGUCGUGAGGAAACUGAGGGGAGAAGACCAAGAAACGGAGCUGGUAGUAGAUUAUGUUUCAAAGGAGGUCAAUGAAAUGACAGUAAAUAUGCCAUAUCAGUGUUUCAUAAAUGGACAGUUCAUAGAUGCUGAUGAUGGAAAGACUUACGACACUAUCAACCCAACGGAUGGAUCUACAAUAUGCAAAGUAUCCUAUGCUUCGUUGGUGGAUGUCGAUAAAGCAGUCGCAGCAGCAAAAGAUGCUUUUGAAAAUGGUGAAUGGGGACGAAUGAAUGCAAGAGAAAGAGGAAGACUGAUGUACAGACUUGCAGACCUGUUGGAAGAGAACCAAGAAGAGCUGGCGACCAUUGAAGCCCUUGAUUCAGGGGCCGUCUAUACCUUGGCUCUGAAGACUCACAUUGGAAUGUCUGUGCAAACAUUCAGAUAUUUUGCUGGCUGGUGUGACAAAAUUCAGGGUUCUACAAUUCCAAUUAACCAAGCCCGUCCAAAUCGCAAUCUGACCUUCACCAAGAAGGAACCACUUGGAGUCUGUGCCAUUAUCAUCCCCUGGAAUUACCCACUGAUGAUGCUGGCGUGGAAGAGUGCCGCAUGUUUGGCAGCAGGCAAUACCUUAGUGCUCAAACCAGCACAGGUUACGCCCUUGACCGCUUUGAAGUUUGCAGAGCUCUCUGUUAAAGCUGGCUUCCCAAAAGGGGUAAUCAACAUAAUUCCAGGCUCAGGUGGCAUAGCAGGACAACGCCUUUCUGAACAUCCAGACAUCCGCAAACUUGGUUUCACAGGUUCCACUCUUAUUGGCAAACAGAUCAUGAAAAGCUGUGCUGUGAGUAACUUGAAGAAAGUUUCCCUUGAGCUUGGUGGCAAAUCCCCACUUAUAAUUUUCAAUGACUGUGAACUUGACAAGGCAGUGCGAAUGGGUAUGGGAGCAGUAUUUUUCAAUAAAGGAGAGAACUGUAUUGCAGCUGGGCGGUUGUUUGUGGAAGAAUCCACCCAUGAUGAAUUUGUGACAAGAGUGGUAGAAGAAAUUAAAAAGAUGAAAAUUGGUGAUCCACUUGACCGAUCUACUGAUCAUGGACCCCAAAAUCAUAAGGCCCAUCUGGAAAAGCUUCUGCAAUACUGUGAAGCUGGAGUGAAAGAGGGGGCCACCUUGGUGUAUGGGGGAAGACAAGUCCAAAGGCCAGGCUUUUUUAUGGAACCAACUGUGUUCACAGAUGUGGAAGACCACAUGUACCUUGCCAAAGAGGAAUCCUUUGGACCUAUUAUGGUCAUUUCUAAAUUCCCAAAUGGGGACAUUGAUGGAGUGUUACAGCGAGCAAAUAAUACAGAGUACGGUUUGGCCUCAGGGGUUUUUACACGAGACAUAAAUAAAGCUAUGUAUGUGAGUGAAAAACUAGAAGCGGGAACUGUUUUUAUCAACACAUACAACAAGACGGAUGUGGCAGCCCCGUUUGGUGGAGUUAAACAAUCUGGUUUUGGAAAAGACUUAGGUGAGGAAGCUCUAAACGAAUACCUCAAAACCAAGACAGUGACACUGGAAUACUAGAACAGUGCCAUCAUCAGGAAACCCUUGGCAGACAGCACCAGUCCUGCGCUCUCAACACUUCAGAAGCCUGGGUGUGCUGCAGAGGAGGUAUCAGCCAUGAGGGAAACACACACACAUACCAUCAAGAGGGUCAGGCCACGUGUCUUACAUAUUGACUCACGUGCCAGAGUAUUUUCUAAUAUACUUUUUAUACCUUAAAAUGAUUUGUAAUUGGCAGUUGUUGGAUUUUGACUAUAUUGUUUAUUAUACAUAUUUCUAAAAUACCAAGCUGCUUUUUUUCCAAGAUUAAUCUAGCCAAGGUUGUUUAACUGAAAACGUCAAAUCAUGAAGUUAUAAGACACAAGGUACAUUUGUUGAAACCUUCGUAUAAUAUGUACAGAUUUUAACCUCUGAACCAAACAUACAGUUAUAUGAUUUUCUAUCAUUUCACUCUCAAGGAAUAGUAAACCUUAUAAGGAAUGUGAAGGUAGUUCUUUUUAUUAUUAACAUACGAUACAUCUUUGUGCCUUUGAUGUUCUAUUUCUUAACACACUGUGAUGGGUGACUAACCCACAAACAUUUAUUGAGCACCUACUAGGUACAAGGUACUAUAUUACGUUCUGAGGAAUAUACAGAAUUUAAUGAGAUGAUCUCUUGCCCUGAGUAGUUUAAAUUCUAGUAAAUACUCAGCUUUUAAAACUAACUUUACUGUAUGAUAUAGUGGAAAGUAGACAGCCUUUGAAGGCUCAACUUGGUUCAUAUCAUACCAUCUUACUAUCUAUGUGACUUUGGGCAACUUAGCUUCUCUGAUCUUCAGCUUCCUUAUGUGUGAAAUGGAGAUAGUAAUACCUUCCUGAGGGGAGUUAUUAUGAGGAUUCAAUGCAAUAACAUAAGCACCUCUCACUGUGCCUUGUUCAUCAUAAAUACUCAAUAAAAUUAACUGUUUCCCCCAUCACUGUUUAAAAAAAUAUAUUGAAAUAAAUUAACUAGAUGGAUUAUUCAUUUUCUCACAACCUUUUCAUUAAUCAUUGAUUCCUACUCUGCUUUUCUCAUCCAUCAUUUUGGCACAGUUCCUGAUGCAGCAGCACUGAAAAAUGUCACUCAGUGAAAAAUGGCAGUGGUACACGGAAAAGGGUUGCUUUUCUUUCUGCAGCUCAUGCAUCCCUCAUAGAACGCCCCAAUAAUUUGCAUUUCUAACAAGUUCCCUGCUGAGAAUUUGCAUUUCCACCCCAGAUACACUGAAUCAGAAUCCAUAUUUUAAUAAAUCCCCAGGUGAUUCUUAUGUAUAACUUCCUGGGAUGUUUUCAGAAACACAAAUUCUCAGCAGUGGUUUGAACCAGAUGAACUGGUUUGAAGCCCUGGUUCUACAUUCCAUGUAAUUCUCUGCUCAUGUAUCACAGGACCCCAUCCACGUCUUUGCUAAAUUAAACCGGUUGCCGUAGAGUCAUGGAGUCAUGGGUGACCUCAUGUGUCAGAGUAGAACUGUGCUCUAUAGGGUUUUCAAUGACUGAUUUUUGGGGAAGUAGAUCACUAGGCCUUUCUUUUAAGGUACCUCUGGAUGGACUCAAACCUCCAACUUUUUGGUUAGCAGCUGAGCAUGUUAACCAUUUGCACUACCUGGGGGACUCAGCCUUUGCUAAAGCAGCCCCAUUUUGCUCACUUUUUCCGACUUUUCCUACUCCCCUCCUGCUACGCUGGACUAAGUAUCUCUCCUCUAUGCUCCCACUUGUCUUGAAAAUAGCACUUACCACUGGGUACUGAAAUAAAUUAUUUACCUUCCUAUGCAGAUAUGAGUGGAGCCCUGGUGGUGCAGUAGUUAAGUGCUACAGCUGCUAACCAAAAGGUCAGCAGUUCAAAUCCACCAGCUGCUC